AUGGCCAACCUCAACGAGAACGGCAUCCCGCCCUUCGAGAGCCUGCCCCUCGGCGCGAACGACCCGCCCUUCUCCGCCUGGGGCCUCUACGGCCAGAGCGACGAGCUCGGCACGCUCAACCGGCUGACAGACGAGCGCGUGGCGGCGGCGGCGCGGGACGAGAUCAGGACGGGCUUCCGCGUGUCGCUCAACUGGCCGCUCGACGCGCAGUCGCAGGGGACCUUUUUCUCGCGCGCCGCCUUCCACCAGGAAAUGUUCCAGAAGACGCCGCGCUUCAUCAACGACGACGUGUGGACGUUCAACUCGCAGAGCUCGUCGCAGUGGGACGGCCUGCGGCACUACGGCUACCAGCAGGCGCGGCGGUUCUACAACGGCGUCACGAUGGAGCAGGUGCACGGCGUCGACGAGCACGGCGCCCGCUCGACCGUCAACGGCAUCCAGGCCUGGCAGGAGCGCGGCAUCGUCGGCCGCGGCGUGCUCGUCGACUUCCACGCCUGGCGUCUCGCCCAGGGCUGCGACUACGACGCCUUUGGCCACGACGACGUGUCGGUCGACGACCUGCGCGCGUGCCUCGCCGCCCAGGGCACCGAGGUCCGCUUCGGCGACAUUCUCCUGACGCGCACCGGCUUCAUGGCGGCGCACGCCGCCAAGUCCAAGGACGAGCUGCAGGCCCUGCAGGCGACGCUGCCGCACACCUUUGGCGGCCUGCGCCAGGCGAGGACACGCUGCGCUGGGUGUGGGAAGAACUUCAGCGCCCGAGACGCAUUCCGUCCCCUGUAG